UUUGAACACAGUCGCAGUCCGCUUUUGAUUAUCCCCCCUGAUACAAAGCUCUCUACUACGGAGAUUUCUGAUUUCCGGGAACUGUCAUUUUUUCCAAAUUUUUUAAUAAAUCCAUGCGGAGAACUACCAAGAAAGAAUGGCAUACACUGUUGAGAAACUUCUGUCAGAUGCCGCAACAUUAGUGAGCAGAUUGAAGGAAAAUGACACAGUGGCAGAUAUCCUAAUUUCACAGACAGACAAUCUCCAGAAACGCAUGGAAGCCAUGAAAGAGUACCAAGACGAUAUAACAGAACUAAAUGACAUUGCCAAGCAUCGACCAAGAUCUCAUCUGAUAAUAGGUAUUGCACAGGAGAACCGACAGAUCCGAGAGCUUCAGCAGGAGAAUCGGGAGUUACGACUUGCACUUGAGGAGCACCAGUCUGCACUCGAGUUGAUUAUGAAGAAAUAUAGGGAACAAGUCAACACGCUGAUAGAAACUAACAAAUGGGAGAAAGCUUUGGCCAGUAGUGCUGAUCAGUCACAGGACAUGGAUAAAUUAAUAAAUAAGAUCUGUGAAAUGGCAAACAUCAUGCAGAAAUCAGUGAAUGUAGAUGAGGAUGCUUCUGCUCAGGACAAGGAACGACUAACACAGCUUGAAAUAGAGAAUAAAGGACUUAGAGAACUUCUCGAGAUUUGCUCAACUAGUCGAUUCCGAAUCCUUGACCAGUCUGUUAACGAUGAGGGCUGUCAGACAGGGGCUGAUGAAGGGACUGCAAGUGGGGUCGAGGGAAAAAGUAAUUUAUUAGAAGCUGAAAAACAAGAAACAGAAGAUGACGAAAAGUCAGGGGAGAGAACUCCUAGAAAUGAAGAACCCUCAUGAUUGAGAUUAGAUUUCUGUUCUAUAUGAAGUCCUGUAUAAUCUUCCACGUAACAUGGAGUUAAAUUUAGUUAACAGUAUAAACCCUGCAAUUGACAAGGGCUCCAUUCUGUCUGGGAGAUAUUCAUAAUGGUUUUAUUUUCACUUAUAUUGGAAAACCAAUCAAAACAAAAUUUGUGAAUAUUAUGUACCAGUAUUGGUUAUCGAUAACUUUUUGACCUUUUAAUUAAAUUAAGUUUUGCAGUAAAGCAUAGUACCAAAGUAAACAUGUGAAUUGUUUUCUUAGAAGGGCAGUAAUAGAUACAUAGCUCACUUAUUGUUGAAACGUUCCAUUUUACACAUGUUUAUAAUUAAAGAGUCAUUGAAGAAGUACCUUCAGUGAUGCAUUCAGCUGUUGGGGUGUUUUUUCCAGACCAGAUGCUUUCUUUUGUCAGGAAAUGCAUAGAAAGAAGAAAUAAAGUGAUUCCAUGUGUUUUAGAUAUCAUUUGUCAGUAGUUGGUAAAAUAGAAAAGAUCGCAACAGCUUUAAUUACACAACAGAAAAUUGACAUAAAAUCGAAGAAAUUAAGCUGUAAACAUACACAUUGAAAUAUCAAUUAAUAUUAAUUUAUCACUUUCAAACAUCGGUAUCAAUUGCUAUGUGUUUUAAAAUGUUUGAAAUUUUGAAGGUUAUCAGGAGGCAUGUUCCUUUAAAUUGGAUUACAUUUUUGUGGGGAUAGGUAAAGUGGGCAGCAGUUAGGACUUAAUACAAUACCAGAGUUUUUCAUUUAUUUGAUACUUCACUUUUUAUUCUUCAACAUCUUUUUGUGGUAUGCUCCAUAUUCAAGAAGUAUUUAUUUUUGCAUCUGCAAGCUUAUUUUGGUUUGAUUUUGACCUAGUCUGAAGAAGUAUUUAAAUGUUUAAAACACAUGAUUACAUGAACAACAUUAUACCCAUUUCAAGAAGUUCUUGUUUGUAUGCAUCAUGAAAUCAUUCAAAAUAGUCCCGUAUGAAAAUUAAUGACUUCAUAAUAUUCAGUAACUUAUCUUAAGGAAUGUGUUGAAAGUUUUCAGCUUUAUGUUACAUAAUAUUGUAGACUUACAUUAUACAUGUGUAUUUAUGAUUAAAUAACCUCUGCUUGUC